CUGCCGAGUAAGAAGGCAAGCGACAAUUUAAAGCCAGUACAGUAGAAUGCUUAAGGCAUAUGCUGAUAUUUGGUCUUGUUACCUUGCGCCUGGCACUCUAUGAUGGCGAGUCGUGGGCCCACUACUCGCUCCAGAAGAGCCGGAGCUGCUUUGAACCAUUCUCGGCGGCAGCGAGGAGACCAAGAUCAUGAGAUUCCAGACGUCUACCGGGAGAUGUUGGCAGAGGCUGAAGCUAGAGAGUCCUCCAGGCCAGAUGAUACCCGACUACCCAAAAGACGGAGGCUUACCCGCACGAAUCCCGUAUCCGGACUUCAGCCUUUACAUCAAGGUGGUGCUAUUACUCCAGAAGCCAGCUAUUCUACAGAACAACCUGUCCAAACGGUGUAUGAUUCGCCAUCAUCAUCCGAAGAAUCGGGUCUGGAAUGGGAAGAAGUUGAUAUUCAGCAAGCUCCACAUACAGUUCACGCGGACGAUACCUCGAUUCAGGUCACCCUGGGUCUGCCCGAGGAUCAGAAGCGCAAGGUAGUUACCAAGCGGAGGGGGAUCACCGCUGCCGAAAAGCAGUUGCGAUUAAGCAUCCAUAAAAUUCAUCUACUUUGCCUUCUCCGCCAUGUGCAGAUACGCAAUCUCUGGUGCAACGAUGAGGAAUUACAGGGCUUCCUCAAACGGACAUUGCCGAAAAAUAUCAUCUCACUAUUACAUCCAUCCGAGAACAGGCCACAACAGAUUAGGUCAACAACUUUCGUUGAUGGAUUGAACCAAGCCAGUGAUAUUUUUAAUCGGAGGUUUAAGGUAACCAAACCAGGACUGAGACGACCUUCGUGGAUAGCUGAUCUUAAUGGUAUCAAACAACGAGUGGAAUCCAUAAUAAGUGAUGCCGAGGUCUUCCUCUCGAGGAAGGAUUUUGUGGAUCAAGCACGAACAAUGCAAGGUUCUCGUGAUUUUGGCGCCCAGUUAUUCUGUGCUUUGUUACGGUCCGUGGGCGUUGAAACAAGACUCGUCUGCUCAUUGCAGCCAUUACCAUUCCGAGAUAAAACCAAGGAUGCGGCACCACCUGCUCCGCUGUCUGAAUUCUCAGAAAAGUUUACCCAACCAACUUCUGAGGAGUCGCAAACGUCACAACGGUCCACGGUGAAAAGAUUAGCCCGGCCACACUUCACACCAGCCAGGCGCCCUGGGACUCCUACUCAAAGUUUCCCUCGGCCCAUCCGUGAAUCAUCACACCCCGUAUUCUGGAUUGAAGCGUUUAACGAAGCAGUAAAUAAAUGGAUACCUGUCGAUGCCUUGGUUACCAAGUCUAUGGCAAAGCCUUCUAAAUUCGAACCUCCAGCAAACGAUUCUUACAAUCUUCUGAGCUAUGUGGUCGCAUUUGAGGAUGAUGCCUCUGUUAGAGAUGUCACCAGGCGCUAUGCGAAGGCCUUCAACUCCAAAACUCACAAACUUCGAGUUGAAUCCGUGGGGAACCAUGUUAACUGGUGGAACAAAGUGUUGCGUUUCUAUGAAAAGCCAUUUUUGGAAGACCGGGACCAACUGGAAAUUAGCGAGCUUACUGCCAAGACAGCGGCUGAACCAAUGCCCCGGAAUAUCCAAGACUUCAAGGACCACCCUGUCUAUGCUCUUGAAAGGCACCUUCGGCGACAUGAGGUUGUCUUUCCUAAACGGAUCAUCGGGCAGGUUAGCCUGGGUAAAUCAGCGUCGAAGAAUCAGGUUUUGGAGCCCGUAUAUCGCCGAUCCGAUGUACAUGCUCUACGUAGUGCAGAUCGCUGGUAUCGCCUGGGACGCGACAUUAAGACAGGCGAGCAACCGUUGAAGCGUGUCACCUCAAGGAAACCACAGAUGGGGAGGCCCAGUGACGAGGAGGAUAACUCUGUCUCCGACACACCUCUGUACGCUUAUUAUCAGACACAAGUGUAUCAGCCCCCGCCAGUAGUUGGAGGGAGAAUACCCAAGAAUAUCUAUGGGAACCUGGAUGUCUAUGUACCCAGCAUGGUGCCUCCAGGCGGUGUGCACAUCGCUCAUCCCGAUGCCCGUCAAGCUGCUAAGAUCCUUGCGAUUGACUAUGCAGAUGCUGUCACCGGUUUCAGCUUCAAGGGGCGCCAUGGGACCGCAAUCCUGCAGGGGAUUAUCGUUGCCACUGAGUAUCAAGAAGCACUUGAAGAAGUGCUGAACUGUCUGGAGGGGGAAAAGUUGCAGGCUGAAUUAGAUAGGAAAUCUGCUGAAACACUGCAGACUUGGAAGCAUCUACUGCUGAAACUGCGCAUUGCAGAGAGAGUCAAAGGCUAUGCAGUGGAAGGUGAACAUGAGGCAGAUGAGCCGGGAAGUAUCGGAAACGUGAAGGAAUCCGAGGACCCGGAAGAGUUAGGCGGCGGCUUCAUUCCGGAGUCGGAGCAAGAGACAAAUAGUCCGGCUUCUGUAAUGGACUGGGUUGGCCCCUCUCGGGAUGAAACUUCAGGGCCUACAGGCAGUACAGGCAGAGACCUGUCUCUUUCGGCUACAGAGACGGACAUGCUUGGUGGGGGCUUCAUUCCUGAAGCAAGCGUGGACCAAGUGUUUUCACCUCAGCCAAAUAGUACCGCCAUAAAAUUGCAAAGGAAUCGCUCGGUACUCCCUCAAUAUGACCUGGUUGUCACUCCAAAGCUUGAAUCUGCAGGCCAGACAGCCCCGAUCCAAGACCUCAUGAGUAAGGAUCCGGGACUGUUGUCUGACAGGACGAAAGACAGCUUAGGGCAAAUCACACCGCAGAUUGCUCCGCAGAACUCAGAGGCCGCCAUCAUCAGAUCCACUACAGCAAUUUCGGACUCCACGCAUCCUCAGAUCGCUGUACAAGCAGAUGAUUCCCGCUCUCCGACCCCUAGCAUCACCAGCCAAGAAACCCAUAGCGAUGAAGAGACCUCUUUAUUAUCGCAAGACCCAGAAGACCAUGACGCCAUCCCGGAGUGGUUGAUGUCCGAUUAACUGUAUCAUAGUUAGACUUUGUGGAUUAAUCAUAGCCGCUACGACAACGAGAUUUGUCUUACUGUUAAAUAGCAC